AUGGACUACAUUUCAAGUUUCGACAUCCGUCUCGCUAAAGAAAUUUUCUAUGCCGGUGAACGAAUCAAUGGAAGUGUUCUGCUUGAGAACACCGAGAAUAUCAAGAUCAAAGGGAUUCGUGUUCUGCUUCGGGGAAAAGUUCAUGCCACAUUGAAAGUCGUGAAAUCUGGUGAACGCCGAACGAUCAAAGACGAUCAGUAUGUGUUGGACGAGAAAUUACUCAUCUGGGGAAAAGACAAGAAUGACGAAUCGGAGGGGAUUCCAAUCCUGGCUCGCGGUCUUCAUCAAUUCCCAUUCUCUUUCGAUUUGCCGCAGACCACAUUGCCAUGUUCGUUGGAGAGUCGACACGGCACUAUACGGUACUACAUCAAG